AUGUUUGACUGUAAACAAGGCCGAGGAGACCGUGUGAGGGCAGAGCUGAGCGCCGUGAAAACCCCAGUCUUUUACAUCGUGAAUACACUUUAUGCUCUGCUCAUACGUUUCUUUAACACGUCCAGGACAUCCACAACCCUGGGUGGCUGGUCAGAGCAGCCUCCUCCGACGAUGGAGGCAGGAGGGAAGGAGUGUGAGGAGGAGACUCUACAAACCGCAUUCAAGAAGCUGAGAGUCGACGCAGAAAGUUUAUGUGGAGCCGUCAGUGCCUCAGAGGCGGUGGCUUCACGAUCUGCUUCUCGCUCUGUUCCUGACACUAACGGUGCAAAGCCCAAACUCGUCUGUCAAAAGGACAACUGGCAUGGAUGCACGAGGAAAACCUCCAGAGGAGCGUCCAGAACACAGCGCCGCCGCCGCUCCAAGUCCCCCAUUCUGCAGCCCCCAAAGUUCACCUACUGUAGCGCCUCUCCACCCGCCACUUUGGCGCCUCCUGCAGGAUGCAUGAAGCAGCACACUCUGGCAUCACCUGCUGGCUGUGUGAAGCAACACACUCUGGUGCCCCCUGCUGGCUGCUCGACGCUCCAUGAGUCCUGCGCUUCAGGGACAUCGUCCUCAGUCACGCAGACGGAGCCUUCAGAUCCACAAAGCUCCUCUUUGAUCUUUGGAUCAUCUGCAGCUUCAGCCUCUUCCUCACAAGACACUCUUCCUUCAGUCAAAGCCACAGGUGUUCAGGUGGGUGAGGAGAGCAAAGAGGGAGCAGCGUCUGACUUCAGAGCUCUGUCAGAGCAGAGCAGGGCUGCAUGUUCCUGCCUCCUUUCUCAGGAGAAGAGCAGUGAGGAGAGCUCCGCCUCUGAGCCUCAGUGCUACUGCCAGAAAAGCGACCACAGCAGCUGGAACCAUGUGGAGGUCUACUCCUUCUCAGGGCUGAGAAACGUUGUUACUGAAUGUGAAAGAUCGAGUCUGGGUCCAGAGGCUCAGAGAACUGUCACUGUGUCCUCAGGCUCUGCUCGCUCCUGCUCAGAGCAGGCCAGAGCUUAUGUUGAUGACAUCACAAUAGAAGACCUGUCAGGUUACCUAGAGUAUUACCUGUACAUCCCCAAGAAGAUGUCUCACAUGGCAGAGAUGAUGUAUACUUGA